AUGUCGAUACUGCAAUCGGUUGGAUUGUUGCUGGAAUCACCCAAUCAACGCGCAGGCGGGGAGAAUCGUGUUCUGCUGACCAUCGAUCUUACUACGAAAGUAGUUUCCGAAGCGUUGGCAAAGGAUACGUCGGUUAUUGUUGCCUAUCAUCCGCCUAUCUUUAGUGGAUUGAAGUCCUUGACGCUAUCGAACCCACUUCAAUCUUCGCUUCUUCAAUGUGCGGCUAAAGGAAUAUCAAUUUAUUCUCCACAUACGGCAUUGGAUUCGGUGUGGGGAGGCAUUAAUGAUUGGCUCGCAGAGGGAUUGUUGAGCAAAAAGCAAGACGAUGUUAUCAGUGCGCUCGUUGCAGAGAAGAUAGGUGCCAAUGGAGUGAGCGAAGGCGCGGAAGGUAGAUUGGUCACGCUAAAGGAAGCGAUUCCCAUGGCCGUGCUGGCACACAGAGUAAAGUCGCAUCUGCGUCUAACCCACCUCCAAGUAGGAAUCAAUUCACUGGAUGAAUCCCGGUCUUCGUCCGUCCGGACAAUCGCCAUUUCCGCAGGAUCCGGAGGAUCCAUGCUGGCUGGCAAGAAGGCUGACGUCUAUCUUACGGGAGAAAUGUCACAUCACGAAGUUCUAGCUGCUCUCGCCGCAGGCACCAACGUUAUUCUGUGCGGACACACAAAUACCGAACGCGGAUACUUACCCCUUCUUGCUGCAAAACUGCUCCAGGAACUCCGAACCGCUGGUGAAGGUGCAGAAGACGUGGAGGUGGUACGCUCUACGCCACCAAAGAUUGAUGAUUUUUCGUGA